AGCAGCGGAGGGAGGAGUUGCCGCCGCCGCCUCCGCCACCGCCACCAUCACCACCACCCGCGCAGCUACAGCCACUGCCACUUCUAUGACCUCUUUCGGUUUGUAAGAUUGGAGCCCCCGCGGGUGGAUUUGUCGCUGCCACGGGCCGCGUAGCUCCGAAGGUUUAACCGUAGGAUAGAAAAACCAGAACCCAUCAGCUCCAAGUCAAAUAAUUGUUUCAAUCUAGUUGUGGAGGGCUCAGCUCACAGUGGCCCAUGUGGGGAUCAAACCACGCUCUAACCAGCUGAGCUAACCAGUUGCCCCGAGGCUUUUUGACUGUUUGUAUUUCUUCAUUGAAUGUAAAGAAGAAAUCAAAAUGGAUCCAAGUAUGGGUGUGAAUUCUGUCACCAUCUCUGUUGAGGGGAUGACGUGUAGUUCCUGUGUUUGGACCAUUGAGCAGCAAAUUGGAAAACUGAAUGGUGUACAUCACAUUAAAGUUUCACUGGAAGAAAAAAAUGCAACUAUUAUUUAUGAUCCUAAACUACAGACUCCAAAGACCCUACAGGAAGCUAUUGAUGACAUGGGCUUUGAUGCUAUUCUCCACAAUCCUAACCCUCUCCCUGUUUUAACUGACACCGUGUUUCUGACUGUUAUUGCGUCACUGGCUCCGCCAUGGGACCAUAUCCAAAGCACAUUGCUCAAGACCAAGGGUGUGACAGACAUUAAAAUUUCCCCUCAGCAAAGAACUGUGGUGGUAACAAUAAUCCCUUCUUUAGUGAAUGCCAAUCAGAUAAUAGAGCUGGUUCCGGAUCUCAGUUUAGAUACUAGAGCUCUGGAGAAAAAGUCAGGAACUUGCGAAGAUUACAGUAUGGCUCAAGCAGGUGAAGUCAUGCUGAAGAUGAAAGUGGAAGGGAUGACCUGCCAUUCAUGCACUAGCACCAUUGAAGGAAAAAUUGGGAAACUGCAAGGUGUUCAGCGAAUUAAAGUCUCCCUGGACAACCAAGAAGCUACUAUUGUUUAUCAGCCUCAUCUUAUCACAGUAGAGGAAAUAAAAAAGCAGAUUGAAGCUGUGGGCUUCCCGGCAUUCAUCAAAAAACAGCCUAAAUAUCUCAAAUUGGGAGCGAUUGAUAUAGAACGUCUAAAGAACACACCAGUCAAAUCCUCAGAAGGGUCACAGCAAAGGAGUCCAUCAUAUACCAAUGAUUCCACAGUCACUUUUAUCAUAGAUGGCAUGCAUUGUAAAUCAUGUGUGUCAAAUAUUGAAAGUGCUUUAUCUACACUCCAAUAUGUAAGCAGCACAGUAGUUUCUUUAGAGAAUAAAUCUGCUAUAGUAAAGUACAAUUCAAGCUCAGUCUCUCCAGAAACCCUAAGAAAAGCAAUAGAAGCCAUAUCACUAGGACAAUAUAGAGUUAGUAUUACAAAUGAAGUUGAGAGUACCUCAAACUCUCCUUCUAGCUCAUCUCUUCAAAAGAUUCCUUUGAACAUAGUUAGCCAGCCUCUGACUCAAGAAGCCGUAAUAAACAUCGAUGGCAUGACUUGUAAUUCUUGUGUGCAGUCUAUUGAGGGUGUCAUAUCAAAAAAGGCAGGUGUAAAAUCCAUACGAGUAUCCCUUGCAAAUAGUAAUGGAACUGUUGAGUAUGAUCCUCUACUAACCUCUCCAGAAACUUUGAGAGAAGCAAUAGAAGACAUGGGAUUUGAUGCUACCUUGUCAGAUACAAAUGAACCAAUGGUAGUAAUAGCUCAGCCCUCAUCGGAAAUGCCGCUUUUGACCUCAACUAAUGAAUUUCAUACUAAAAUUAUGACACCAAUUGACGAGAAGGAGGAAGCAAGGACUUUAUCUAAGUGUUACAUACAGGUCACUGGUAUGACUUGUGCUUCCUGUGUAGCAAACAUUGAACGGAAUUUAAGACGAGAAGAAGGAAUAUAUUCUGUACUUGUGGCUCUGAUGGCUGGCAAGGCAGAAGUAAGAUAUAAUCCUGCUGUUAUACAACCCCCAAUGAUAGCCGAAUUCAUCCGAGAGCUUGGAUUUGGAACCACUAUGAUAGAAAAUGCUGAUGAAGGGGAUGGUGUUUUGGAACUUGUUGUGAGAGGAAUGACGUGUGCUUCCUGUGUACAUAAAAUAGAGUCUACCCUCACGAAACACAGAGGGAUCUUCUACUGCUCUGUGGCUCUGGCAACCAACAAAGCACAUAUUAAAUAUGAUCCAGAAAUUAUUGGCCCCAGAGAUAUUAUCCAUAUAAUUGAAAGCUUGGGUUUUGAAGCUUCUUUGGUCAAGAAGGAUCGGUCAGCAAGCCACCUAGACCAUAAACGAGAAAUAAGACAAUGGAAACGGUCCUUCCUUGUGAGCUUGCUUUUCUGUGUUCCUGUAAUGGGGCUGAUGAUAUAUAUGAUGGUCAUGGACCACCACCUUGCAACUCUUCACCAUAAUCAGAACAUGAGUCAAGAAGAAAUGAUCAACAUUCAUUCUUCUAUGUUCCUGGAGCGCCAGAUCCUGCCAGGAUUGUCCAUUAUGAAUUUGCUAUCCCUUUUAUUGUGUUUACCUGUACAGUUCUUCGGAGGCUGGUACUUCUACAUUCAGGCCUACAAAGCACUGAUGCAUAAAACUGCGAAUAUGGAUGUACUGAUUGUGCUGGCCACCACCAUUGCAUUUGCCUACUCUUUGGUUAUUCUUCUAGUUGCAAUGUAUGAGAGAGCCAAAGUGAACCCUGUUACUUUCUUUGACACGCCUCCCAUGCUGUUUGUAUUUAUUGCUCUAGGCCGGUGGCUGGAACAUAUAGCAAAGGGCAAAACAUCAGAGGCUCUAGCCAAGCUAAUUUCACUACAAGCUACAGAAGCAACUAUUGUAACUCUUGACUCUGAUAAUAUCCUGUUGAGUGAAGAACAAGUGGAUGUGGAACUUGUACAACGUGGAGACAUCAUUAAAGUAGUUCCAGGAGGCAAAUUUCCAGUGGAUGGUCGUGUUAUUGAAGGACAUUCUAUGGUAGAUGAGUCCCUCAUCACAGGGGAGGCAAUGCCUGUGGCUAAGAAAUCGGGCAGCCCAGUGAUUGCUGGUUCUAUUAACCAGAAUGGGUCACUACUUAUCCGUGCUACCCACGUGGGAGCUGACACAACCCUUUCUCAAAUUGUCAAACUUGUGGAGGAGGCACAAACAUCAAAGGCUCCUAUCCAGCAGUUUGCAGACAAAAUCAGUGGCUACUUUGUUCCUUUUAUUGUUAUUAUUUCCAUUGUUACCCUCUUGGUUUGGAUUAUAAUUGGAUUUCUGAAUUUUCAAGUUGUGGAAACCUACUUUUCUGGCUACAACAGAAGUAUCUCCCGAACAGAAACGAUAAUACGCUUUGCUUUCCAAGCCUCUAUCACAGUUCUGUGCAUUGCAUGUCCCUGUUCCCUGGGGCUGGCCACUCCAACUGCUGUAAUGGUGGGUACAGGAGUAGGCGCUCAAAAUGGCAUACUAAUCAAAGGCGGUGAGCCAUUAGAGAUGGCUCAUAAGGUAAAGGUAGUGGUAUUUGACAAGACUGGAACCAUUACCCAUGGAACCCCGGUAGUGAAUCAAGUAAAGAUUCUAGUGGAAAGUAACAGAAUAUCACGCAAUAAGAUCCUGGCCAUUGUGGGAACUGCUGAAAGUAACAGUGAACACCCUCUAGGAGCAGCCAUAACCAAAUACUGCAAGCAGGAGCUGGACACUGAAACCUUGGGUACCUGCACAGAUUUCCAGGUUGUGCCUGGCUGUGGUAUUAGCUGUAAAGUCACCAAUAUUGAAGGCUUGCUACAUAAGAAUAACUGGAAGAUAGAGGAAAAUAAUAUUAAAAAUGCAUCUCUGGUUCAAAUUGAUGCAAGUAAUGAACAGUCAUCAACUUCGUCUUCCAUGAUUUUUGAUGCUCCGCUCUCAAAUGUUCUGAAUGCUCAGCAAUACAAAGUCCUCAUUGGUAACCGGGAGUGGAUGAUUCGAAAUGGUCUUAUCAUUAAUAAUGAUGUAGAUGAUUCCAUGACUGAACACGAGAAUAAAGGUCGAACUGCUGUACUGGUGGCAGUUGAUGAUGAGCUGUGCAGCUUGAUAGCUAUUGCUGAUACAGUGAAGCCUGAAGCAGACCUGGCUGUCCAUAUUCUGAAAUCUAUGGGCUUAGAAGUAGUUCUGAUGACUGGAGACAACAGCAAAACAGCUAGAUCUAUUGCUUCUCAGGUUGGCAUCACUAAAGUGUUUGCUGAAGUUCUACCUUCCCACAAGGUUGCUAAGGUGAAGCAACUUCAAGAGGAGGGGAAACAGGUAGCAAUGGUUGGAGAUGGAAUCAAUGACUCCCCAGCUCUGGCAAUGGCUAAUGUUGGAAUUGCCAUUGGCACAGGCACAGAUGUAGCUAUUGAAGCAGCCGAUGUGGUUUUGAUAAAGAAUGAUCUUCUGGAUGUAGUGGCAAGUAUUGACUUAUCAAGGAAGACAGUCAAGAGGAUUCGGAUAAAUUUUGUCUUCGCUCUGAUUUAUAAUCUGGUUGGAAUUCCCAUAGCUGCUGGAGUGUUUAUGCCCAUUGGUUUGGUUUUGCAGCCCUGGAUGGGAUCUGCUGCAAUGGCCGCUUCAUCUGUUUCAGUAGUACUUUCUUCUCUCUUACUUAAACUUUAUAGGAAACCAACUUAUGAGAAUUACGAACUACUUGCUCGAAGCCAGAUGGGACAGAAAAGUCCUUCAGAAAUCAGCAUUCAUGUUGGAAUAGAUGACACCUCAAGAAAUUCUCCUAAACUAGGUUUGCUGGACCGGAUUGUUAAUUACAGCAGAGCCUCCAUAAACUCACUACUGUCUGAUAAACGAUCCCUAAACAGCGUCGGUACCAGUGAACCUGACAAGCACUCACUCCUGGUGGGAGACUGCAGGGAAGAUGACGACACUGCAUUGUAACAAGCCACGGAGAGUGCUGCUAGCUCAUGUUGUUAUGCAUUGACACAGCAUUCAUGAUGUCACCUUAGCUUUUCAAAAUAGUGCGGAAGGAUUUUGUGUUGGUCUCACGCUCUUAUGUUAGGGAUUCUAUUUGAAUUACAUUUGCCUAAUGGCAAAAAUACCUUUUUCAGGGCAUCUACUCUGAACCUAGCUUUAUUUAAAAUGAAUUUCCAGUAUUUUUGUUUUCACUAGCAAUAGAUUAAGUAGGCCAGUGAGGUUUCCAACAAGCCUUACAAUUGAAGAUUGCUUAACAGCUGGUAAAGUGAUAGAUGAUUUUUUAUUUGACAAAAAAAAAAAGAAAGAAAGAAAACUCAAGAGAAGGAUAAUUUAAAAAUUUGAAGAUUUGAAAGCAUGAUCUUGAGAUUCUUGAGGCCUUAUCCCUGCCAGAUUGGGGAACAGUGGCUUUCAAACCACUGUAUAAAGCAUCUAGUUUUCGAAGGAAAACUGUAGAAACUAAUGGUUAAAAAUAGACGUGCCUUAUUUAUAAGGGGCUUUCUUCCCCCCUUUAUUCUCCCUGCAUCUUUGUCUUUGCAGUUUUGUUUUCUUUUGUAUCUUCUUUUGAGUGAGAUAAGUGGUUUUUCAUUGAUAAAAAUAACUGACAGUUUUUCCAAUAUCUUGUUCCUUUCUUUAUCUUGUAGUUCAAAAGACCUUAAAAGUCCAUAGGGUUCCCUGUCUCCAAUCUUUCCAUUGUUAUAAAAAGUAUAUCAGAUUCUUCCUUCAGGGACUCCCUAGCUUGGUAUAAGCUUUCUAGUCACUCCUGCUGAGUCCAGCUCUAAGUUGUUCUUAGUGUUGUCUGUCAGCCUCGGUCCAGAAACUGAUGAUUUUGAGCCUCUUCCACAAUUGAUUUUUUCAAAGAUCAAAGAUUUUUUGAAAACCAUCUUAAACAUAUACCAAUUAUAUAAAAUUACUUGGAUUCACUACAUUUGUCCUUUUUUGGAGCAAAUAUAAGAUGUUCUCUGAUAUAUAUAAUUUAAUAGAUUUUAAUUGUCUUUUAGUGUUUUAGGUAAUCUCUCAAAAUGACUUUAAAAUAAUGCUGUUACACAAAGCUGCUUUUACCAAAAAUAAAAUGAAUUGUAAUACAGAAAUGAGAAUUUCCCUAGGUUGUGAUACGUUUCAGCCAAAUCAAUACUUUUGUCUAGUUUAAAACAUUUGUAUUUGCUAGUUAGUAUGGUUGGCAAAUUCAGGGGCUUGUUCUCAUUGUCAUAUAAAUUUAGACAUUUCCCUCUGUGUGCCUGGGAAGUACACUGGCCAGAUAUCUGGUACUUGUGUCACUAUUUAAGUUUCCUUGUUAAUUGUAAGAUGGAUUUCAUAUGUAGAAUAUGUAAGUGAAGAGAACUCAUAAAUGAAAUUUCUAAUAGUUUGUUCCCAUUGCCAUACGUAAAGCUGCUAGCACAAUGCCUAGCACAUAGGGUUUGUAUUCAGUAAGUGUUAGUUCUUUUCUCUACUUGAGUAAUACUAAAAAUCAUUUUUAUAGGGCAGAGUCUGCAAUCAGGUGGGAGUAGAGGAUGGGUUUCUUCCCGUCCUACUUCCUCUGUUAUCCUUUCAUACACACUCACACAAAAAGUUUACAACGUUAUUCCAUGCUGUCUUUUCAGAUUUGGAAAAGAUCUCAUUUUUAAGCUCAGCUAUUUUAAAGAGAGAAUGGAAACUUUUGAUGAAGGUGCUAUUAAUCUAGAAAGGCAAACCCAUUUUAAUGAAAUGUGAAUGAGUUUGUAUGUCUAGGCUCUUUUUUAGACCAAUACCUAUACCAUGCUUCCAGUUUGAAUGUUAAUAUUUGUUUCUUAUUUUAAUUCCAGUGGCCCAUCAUACUAUAACUUGUUUCUUCUAGAAGAAACAGCUAAUAUGACAGGUGUAUAAUAGACUUUUGAAAAAAGAAUCCUCUCUGUCUCUUACUUUUUCUGUCUUUCUCUCUUUGAAUCACUUGAAUGUAGCCAUUUACUACUUUUAUUAUCAUGUGUGUAUUUGAGUUGUCCUUUUGGCCCCCACAUGCCAAGGGACCCGUAUGUCAUAGGAUAGUGAGAGGAACAGCCUAUAGUCUGGGAAAAUUCAAGGAUAUAACUUCAGCCCUUACUACCAUAACAGAAAUAACAGAAAACAUGUUGUUUAGAAAGAAUCCUGUUUUAAAUAUCUGUAGCCAUCUUUGAAUUCUCUACCACAAGUCUUUUGCAAUUCUGAACUCCCAUUAGCUUCAUAAAGCACCUGUAUUCAUAGGAGACAUAUGGAGGGGAUCAAAAACAUUGCUUUCAGUUAGACACUAGCUUUAAGUAACUAGUUACUAGUGAGAACAAAUUUUAUAAAUGUGUGUGUAUGUGUGUAUGUCUAUUCAUAUACAUAUAUAAAUACACACACAAUUAUGAACACACCUAUUACCAUAUUGAAGGAGAAUAGAUUUACAGUAGUCCUCCCUUAUCCACAGUUGAUGUCUGAAACCACGUAUAGUACCAAACCCAAAAAAAAAACUAUGUUUUUUUCCCUAUACAUACAUACCUUUUCACUUAACGGAAGCACUUAAUGGUUUCUUUUUGGGAUAACCAAAUUGUCAGCAUCAUUACUCUUGUGCUUUGGGGCCAUUAUUAAGUAAAAUAAGGGUUACUUGAAAACAAGCACUUUGAUACCUCAAUAGUCAAUCUGAUAACCAAGAUGGCUACUAAGUGACUAAUGAGCAUAUACAGCAUGGAUACACUGGCCAAAGGGAUGAUUCAUGUCCUAGGUGGGACAGAGCAGGACAGCAGGAGAUUACAUCAUGAUACCCAGAAUGGCACACAAUUUAAAACUUAAGCAUUGUCUGUUUCUGGAAUUUUCCAUGUAAUAUUUUCGGACCACAGUUGACUAUGGGUGACUGAAAGGGCAAAGCAAAACCAUAGAUAAGGGACUACUGUAUAUUUGAAUUUGAUAUUUGAAUAUUUGAAGUUCUUUAUUUGUUGUUUCUUUUUCACUCUUCUGUAUUCACUCAGAACCCAUGCCCUCAGUCUGAAGAUAACGAAGACGUUUUGAUAUCCAGUGCAGGUUCAGACUCAACUAUGGGGCACCUUUUAUCUUAAAUAUCCAAAGAUGCCUUCUGAAUUUCAAAGGUUAAAACACAACUAGAGUAUUUAGUGUUGUAGUCUAAUGAAGUAUGGAUGUCAUUUGUGAAAAUAGAAAUGUUAUUUUUCCUAGUUUAGUAUCAACAUUUUAGAGUGUUAUAUUUAAUGCCUUGUGAACAAAUAAUUUUAUAUUGUGCUUUAACUUUUUAAAAGUUAUUCUUUUUUCAGAUGUAUUCUUUGUUCAGAAUGCUAAAAUAGCACUGUAGACGAGACAUUUCCAAAAAUUUAACUGUGCAUAUCUUUUAUGUACACAGCUUAAAAUUAAGAAUGUAUGUUCUUAGAGAUUUUUUUCCCAUUACUUGUGGAUCUUGCUUUAAAAUUAUUUUUCUUAAUAUUUAUUUUACUCUGUUUUAUUUUCUUUGGGAGAGGCAUCUGGUUACUGGUUAUUUUAAUAAAAAU